AUGCCAUUAUUAAAUCGCUAUUCAAAAAAGACAUAUAAUUCAGUAUUUUUAUUAAUAACAAUCAUUUUAAUCAUAUUUACAAAAGAGUCAAAAUGUUUGAGAUAUAAAGAAAAACUUAAAGAAGGAGGAUUGGGUAACUUUUUGCUUGGCCUCGCUGGUACUGCAGUUUCAACAGGAAUUCAAUCUGCAACAGGAUCUCCAUUAGUUUCCAAUCCUGCAAUGAAUAAUUUUGCAGCUUCUGGUAGGCCUGCAGGAACAGCUUCUGUAGGUUUAGCAACAACAGGUGCUACACAAAUGGCAGGAGCACAAAUGGGAGGAGCUGCUGCUGCUGUUCCUGGAGCAGCACCAACAACUCAAGGAGCAGCAGCUAGCCAAGUAGGAGGAAUGGCAGCUCCUGCCGCCGCUUCAGGAGCAGCACCAAAUCAAGGAGGUGGAGCUGGUCAUGGAGGAGGUGGAGCUGGUCAUGGAGGAGGUGCAGCAGGUGCAGCAGGUGCAGCAGGUGCAGCAGGUGCAGCAGGUGCAGCAGGUGCAGCAGGAGCAGCUCAACAAGGAGGCGUUCAAGGAAUAUUAGGAGGAACAGGAACUCCUAGUGCAUUGUCUUUCACUACUAUUGCAUUUGGAGUUGUUGUUACAAUGAUGAUAUGUAUGGUAAUGUUGAUGUGCAGAAGAUGUUCAAAAGACGAUGAUUAA